AUGGAGAAGGAAGUCUUGAAACCUUAUGUGCCAAAAGCACCAUUCCCUCAAAGGCUCAAGGGUGUUGAUAAAGAGAAGAAGUUUUCUAGUUUUCUAGACUUUAAGUCUCUCCAUGUCAACAUUCCUUUCAUUGAAGCCCUCCAACAAAUGCUUUCAUAUAUCAAAUGCAUGAAGGAGUUGCUAACCAAGAAGAAUUCCUUGAAGGGUGGGCAGACAAUAAUGAUGACUAAAGAGUGCAGUGCCCUUAUCCAGAAAGACUUACCUACAAAGAAGAAGGACCCAGGGAGUUUCCAUAUCUCUUGUGCUAUAGGGGAUACAAUGAUUGACAUAGGAUUUUGUGAUAUUGGAGCUAGUAUAAACCUAAUGCCCCUAUCUCUCGUGAGAAAGCUGCAAAUUAAUGAGUUGAAACCCAUAAACAUAAUCCUUCAGUUGGCUGACAAGAUCCAGAAACAAGCAUUAGGAGUGGUAGAAAAUGUGCUGGUGAAGGUGGGGAGGUACUUCCUCUCUACAGACUUUGUUAUUCUUAAAAUGGAAGAAAAUUAUCUUCAUCCAAUCAUUCUGGGGCAACCAUUCUUAGCUACAGCCAAAGCACUCAUAGAUGUUGAGAAAGGGGAGCUAAUGUUGAGAAUACAUGAUGAACAACUGACUUUUCAUGUCUUCAACCCAUCACAUGAUUCUAAACAAGAGAACAAAGGCAUGAAGGAUGAUCAUGAGGCAGUAAUUUUGGAGAAAGCAAGCAAUAAACCACAAGCAGAGCCUCUGAAGGCUUCUUUGGGGGAAAAACAAGAAAUACAAGUGGUACAACAAUCAAAAAGAUCCAAGGAGGGGCUAGAACCACAAGAUUCAAAAGAAACUAUCAGCAAGGACCCUCUUGACACAAAAAGAAGCACCACUUGA